CUUCCUGAUCUCUGUAAAACUGAAAGUCCCUGCAGAAACAGGCACACAUGCUGAGAAAACAGCUAAAGAGAAGCACAUCCAGCUCUUUACAGGACGCCUCCAGAACCUGGACUCUUCAUCCCAGCGCAGAGUUUGGACCUAGAAGCAAAGCAUCCCAGCACAAUGAGCCAGUGGAAACAGAUCCAGCAGCUGGAGAUGAGGCUCCUGGAACAGGUGGACUACCUGUAUGAUGAUAACUUCCCCAUGGACAUCAGGCAGGGCCUGGCCGGCUGGAUCGAGGCCCAGGACUGGGAAUCUGCAGUCAACGACGAGUCAAUGGCUUCAGUGAUGUUCACCAAUCUACAGACCCAGCUGGAGAAGGUCCGCUCACAGGAACAGAACUUCCUACAGAGACACAAUAUGAAAAUUAUUCAGCAGCAGCUACAGAAUAAGACCAAGACCCAGACCCAGAAUAAGAACAAGACCCAGAACAAUAUCGAUACCAAGACCCAGAAUAAGAACAAGACCCAGACCCAGAAUAAUAGCAAGACCCAGUCCAAUUUCGAUACCAAGACCCAGAACAAGACCAAGACCCAGACCAAUACCGAUACCAAGACCCAGGCCCAGAAUAAGAGCAAGACUCAGACCAAUAACAGGAACAAUACCUAG